AUGAAGCCAGAGGAGACUGGCGGUUCUGAUUAUCAGCCCUUGGAUGAAUCACAUGCUAUUCAAACAGGAGUACUGCAAGCCCUCGGGGGCAUCCAGAUCCUGGAUGGAAUACUGAUUCUGGCUCUGGGUGUGUUUUUGGGUUGUUUGCAAUACUUGUCUCACCACUUCAGGCAUUUUUUCUUCUUCACCUUCUACACAGGCUACCCGCUGUGGGGCGGCUUGUUUUUUAUCGGCUCAGGCUCUUUGACUGUGGCAGCAGGAAGAAAACCCACAAGAAUGCUGAUGCAGAACAGUUUUGGGAUGAACAUUGCCAGUGCGACAAUUGCGUUUGUUGGCACUGUUUUCCUUUCUAUACACCUGGCAUUCAGUACACAGGCAUUCCAGGCUUGCCAGUCUUCACAGUCACCUGACUUAUGCUUUUACCUGGGUUCCUCAUCAAACGGCCUGGUGUCUUUAAUGCUGAUUCUCACCCUGCUGCAGCUGGCCUUGGCCAUUUCUAUCUCAGCCAUGUGGUGCCUGGGAAAUGUUUGUGGUUCAAAAGAGGCAAUCUCUUCACCUCCUAAUUCUGUGGAAUCGGGAAUGCCUCCUGAUGGAAGUGAUUCCGAGAACCCGAACACUUAGCCUCAAGUCACCUAAGAGUGAGAACGUCUCAUGAGAUUUCAGGAGAGCAUGAGCAGAUGAAAUGCAAUUCUUCUGUCAUGGCGAUAUUUAUGCGAAACCUGUGCAUUUGUCCCAAUCCUUUUCCCUUCCCUGUAAAUCCACUCGCCUGUUCUAGAUCUGGAUGAAUAAAUAUAUUUCCUUAGGCCUUCUUGGA